AUGUUCUUUUCGAUUCUAGCUUGCACAAAAUUUCAAGAUUUCGAAGUGGAACACGUGGAUAAAAUGCUCAACUUUUCUCUGAAUUAUGCGGAAAUACUUAAACGUAAUAACGAGCAGACCCGUUUAGCACAAAAUGACUUUCAAGAAAGAAUCAAACAAUUUACUGGUACCGAUCUCAUCGAAGGCUUCGUCGAACAGAAAAAAACAGGCGUCGAGCGACCGGCUCCCAUUCAAUUCGAAGAAUUAGACAAUAUCAAAUCAUCGUUAAAUCUUUCAUCAUCGGUGACACCUGACUCAGCAGCAGGUCUAUCCGACGAACUAAUUACGUUCGAUCAAUCAGAGGCGAGCGCUCCAACGUUUCAAGUGCAUUUUCCUGUUUCAUCGCCGACAAUGCUAUCGAGUUGGCCAUCGACAACAAACAUUAAAAAAAGUGAAACCUUGGCUUCAAAUGCGAAUAUCAAUCAUCAGCAUGUCGCAGUUAAUAAUCAAUCAACAACUUCGCUUGGUAAUACUACACCAAUGAGUCUGAGUAAUCCUAAUAAUCCACUAUCUCGUUUGCAAGAAAAUAACAAUGAAUCAUCAUCUAAUCCAUUUAAUGUGAAAAUUCCACGGCCAGCUUUUAAAGGAUUCUGGCCGUCGAAUCGUAAAGAUAAGAAAGGUGAUAAAAAGAAAUCAAACAACUCAAAAUCCACUAAAAAUGAUCCAGUACAACCCCCACCUGUGCUUGAUGAAACUAGUUCAAUCAAUUCAGCAAACGAGAGUAAUGGAUUUCAUAAAAUGAUGGGUAGUAUGGAAGGAUUAAAUGAUAUUCCAAGCAGCAUCACCAAAAACAAAUGUCCAACACCAGAACCGUAUACACAAUCGAGUCCAUCAAUUUCCAGUAGUGGAAUCAAUCGUCCGGGAUGUCAGAGUACAAUUCCAUUUUCUUCCACGGCAAUGCGCAAAUCAACGAGUUCAAGCGAUUCGAGUGACGAUGACGAUGAUGAUUUUCGUUUCUCGAAAAUCCAAUUCAAAAUCAAUCCAUCUACACAAAAGUCUCCCAUAGCUGAAGAAAGUGAUGAUGCCAAAAUCAGUGACGCUAUGCUUCGUAUGAAUAAAAACAUUGGACAACCGGCAACGGCUUCACGCGCUGGAGGACGAAAAAUGCCGGAUAUGAGCAAGUCUUUGUCCAUCGGACAUAUUGGUUCAAGAAUUCCACCUCCACUUCCCUCACGUCCAACCUCAACGCUUUCAACAAGUAUCACAACAGAUAAUCUUCGGCCACUUCCAUCAUCUCCACCGUCUACAUCAUUAACCAAUACGUUCGAUGGUUUUGAACCGCGUUCACAAUCGAUGAGUAUGUCGUCGAAUCAUCAAGAAAACAUCCCACCAGUUCUCAUUCAUCCACGUUCGAUGACGACAACAUCAACAACAGAAAGUAAAAAACUAACAUCUAUAUCGUCAACCGACGAUGAUACUGAAGUGGCAAAUACAUUUCCUGGUGAUAGCUCAAUCAACAAAGCAGCUCCAUUCACUAUUCCACGGCCCCCACGACUUCGUCAAACGCCUUCACAUCAACCAGUGAUGGGUUCAACUGGUCCGUCAAUUGCCAAUGGCCGUAUGACACCAUUCAUUGCUCCCAACACUCCACACUUCUCCAAUAGUUUAAUGACAUCGAUGGAUCAACGCAUGUCUCCACUAACGAUUGGUGCUACAGAUCAAAUCCCUAUUGCAGUUGCCUUUCAAGAAACAAUUCAUGUUAUGAUGUCGAGUGAUGAUCAAACAAAAUGGAAAAUCCGUAUUCUUGGUGACAUGCUUGUCUCCUUCCCAGCAGCUAUCUUAAAUCUAUUAGUUGACCAAUCACCUCAUUUGAACGCUUUGGAAUUUCGUCUACAAAAUUUAAAUAAAGUCGAAAAUGUUAUUGCUAACCCUCAAUUAGUCUCACAAAAAUCAUCAACGCCAGAUUCAGAAGGUCCUAUUUACACGUUCAACAUGGCUGCUCUUAGCAAUAUUCUUCGUAAUCUUCAAGAAAAAAAUCGUUCGUUACCAUUCUUCAAUUUUGGUAUACUUAAAUAUGAAGUUAAACAUUCGGGUACAUCAAACAUACCCAUUCAAGUCACAUCUCAAUGGACACGAACGUUCGAUACAAUAACUGUUAAUAUCAAUUAUCGUUUUAAUAGUUCGGCUCUGCCGGAAUCGAUUCGACUAGUAAAUGACAUGGUUACGUUCUACACGAAUAUUCCCGAUGGUCAACAAGCAACACAAUCAUCCCCGACUUGUGAAUGGUGUUCGAAUGAGCAUAAAUUAUCCUGGAAAGUUCCAUACAUAUUCGAUGGAUCUGGUACACUUUCAGCAACAUUGAUGACCAAUCAAUCAGCGUCCGAUGGUAACGAUAGUGAUCAACAACCGAAACCACUGACCACGUCAUCAGCUGUUCAUGUGCAAUUUCUUGCUGAAAACGCACUUUUUUCAUCGAUUGGUUUCGAAUUCGCAUGUCGUGGCUAUCGUGUUUCACUAUUGAAGAAGAAGAUCGCGAGUGGUAAAUACCAAUCAGAACCAGAUCAGAGUGAACCUUUGCAAUUCUUCAAACGUCCAUCAACGGAUCAGAGUCGCAUGUCUCUAUCAACACCCCUUGUCGCUUAA